AUGAGUGAUGCUGCAACUACUAUACCCAGUGAUGAGAUAGAUAAAUUGUGGAAUAAGGCGAGAAACCAGCUUGUGGAAGCUCAAGUCGAAUGUGAAGAAUCAUUAAAAAUCCUCUCUAAAGUGCGAACUGAAAUGGACAGCUCUCAAAAGUCCAGAUUUAAACUUAAAUUUAUACUUAAUUGUUUGGUGAACCAGGUUGAGUUCUUCAAGAAUAUCAUGCUCGAGAAAUGUAUUUCUACAGAGUUGAUUGACAAUGAAUGGUCAAAGCUGGUUUUAGUCGAGAUAGUCAAUGACGUGAGUUAUUGGCAAAACGAGAUAACAACAAAGAUGAAGAUCUUGCAGGGUACAAAAUACGACUUGACUGACGAUCACAGUAGCCUUUCAGAUUUCAUAUGCAUGGAUCACGUAGACAUACUACAACAAAAAAUCGAUGAGAUUCCUAUUAUAAAACAACAAGUGACAAACAUACGACAACACUACAAAUCGAUAAAAGAUCGAAUAGAAAACCAACUAGUGGCUGUAAAGUUGAAAAAACUCAGAACUUACUUUGAUUCACAUUUCAGCAGGGAUAGCAAAAAUAAUCUAUUCAAAUUGUUGGAAAGUGAUUAUGUCACUGAAUUGAACGAAUUUGAGAAUGAACUUGCCGAUUUCUUGAGAUCAAUCACUGAUCAUUUCGACAAAUGCACGAUAUUGAAGGAACAGCAGAUUCCACUACCAGAUUUGAAGGAACUUUUCCAGAUUGUAAAGAAAGACGAUACACAGUUAGAAAAUAUAAGGGAAUUAGUAUUCGAAACGGGACUUGAAGUGAAAGCUUUCUCAAAGAAAGUCAAUGAAACAAUAAGUGAAAUAAUGGACAAAAUUGGUGGAUUCCAUCUGCUGGCUUCCAAGAUUGUGACAGAGUUAGAAAAAUGUGAGGAAUACUUAUCUAUCUUCCAAAAGAUUGCUAAUUUAGUAUUCGUUUAUAAGGAAUCUUGCAUAAAAAAGAUUGAACAAGUGCAACAACUCUGUGAGUUUUACGAUAAGUUCAAAUUAGGGUAUAAAAACCUUCUACGAGAAAGAGACAGACGGAAAGCCACUGCGUUACAAAUGGAGAAAAUAUUAAAGGAAUGUCAGGAGAAACUACAGGCACUGAGUGAUGCUGACUUGGACCAACGCCAGCAAUUUUUACUUGAAAAUGGUGACUAUCUUCCCGAAAACAUCUGGCCAGGUUAUAUCGACGAUAUGGAAUCGAUGUAUAGUUUCGAAUAUAGCAUACAUAAUGUACCGAAUUGA